AUGCUGCGCAUCGCUCGUCUCGCGUCGCCUCCGCCUGCCCGUGCAUUCGGCCUGCGCUCCGUCUCCACUGCAACGCUCCCGUCGCUCCCGUACGACUUUGGUGCAUUGGAGCCGUCUAUCUCGGGCCAAAUCAUGGAGAUCCACCACCAGAAGCACCAUCAGGCAUACGUGACCAACUACAAUGCAGCGCUGGAGCAACACGCCGAAGCCGAAGCCCACGGCGACCACGCCAAGAUGCUGACUCUCCAGCCUGCACUCAAGUUCAACGGUGGGGGUCACGUCAACCACUCGAUCUUCUGGACGAACCUGUCACCUGCCCACGAACAUGGAGGGGGUGAGCCCCAGGGAGAGCUGCGCAAGGCCAUGGACCUUGAGUUCGGCAGCUUUGACGCUUUCAAGAAGGUCAUGGCGGCCAAGUCGGUAGCGGUGCAAGGCUCGGGUUGGGGCUGGCUGGGGUUUUCACCCGAAGCGGAGCGCGUGGGCGUCGUGACGACGCCGAAUCAGGACAUUUGUGCGACAACGGGCUACGUCCCGCUGCUGGGCAUUGACGUGUGGGAGCACGCGUACUACUUGCAGUACAAGAACGUGCGUCCAGACUAUCUCAAUGCCAUUUGGGACGUGGUCAACUGGAAGAAUGUGGAGGAGCGGUACCUUGCAGCCAAGUCCAAGUAG